UUUCUAAAAAAAAACAAGAGAAAAGUAACUAAAGCAGACAAACCAAAUGCAAUGUAAAAAUGGAUAUUUCAUUCUAUGACUAUGUUGACUGUUAAGUAUGGGAAGAUACUAUGUUGGUGCCUGGAAAACGAAUUAUAAAAUCUACAAUGAGUCAUUCCGUUUCUGUCAUCUCUUACGCGAGACUCAUACGAUUUAGGAAUCUUGUCAAAUGCCAACACACUUUAUUAAAAGAUAACGGUAGCGACAAAACGUUUAUACUUAUUAUUAAUUCAUUGUUGAUUGUGAAAAAAUAAAGGAUAAACCGAUUAACCAGUUAUUCUAAUUUGUGAUUUAUUAUAAUCAUAGACGAAUAUAUUCGCGUGUAAACAUUAAAAUGGGUACUUUAAUUGUUACUAAGAAAAACAAUAUAAAAGUUAUUAAAUUUAAUAAACCUAAGAAGAAAAAUGCGAUCGAUUAUUAUAUGUAUAUGAAAGUGAAAAAGGAAUUAGACAGCGCCGCUGCCGAUGAAAGUGUUUCAAUGGUUGUUCUGAGCGGAACAGGAGAUUUUUACUGCAGUGGUAAUGAACUUGGAAACAAUUUAGAACUAGGUCAAGAAUUACUUUUGGAAUCAGUUAAACAUUUUAUAAAGGCGAUAAUAUUGUUUCCAAAAUUACUGGUUGCUGUUGUAAAUGGUCCAGCUGUUGGAAUUGCGGCAACAACUUUGCCGUUUUGUGACUUCGUUUACGCAUCUGAAAAGGCUUAUUUUUACACACCGUUUACCAAGCUAGGUCUUGUGGCUGAAGCAUGUUCAACAAUCAAUUUUCCCCGAGUGAUGGGAGACCGAUUGGCCACAAAAAUGUUGAUGUUAAACUACAAAAUGCCAGCUCAAGAAGCUUUGAAGUGCGGUUUAGUGACCGAGGUCUAUAAACAAGAAGAACUUGAAACUAAAGCCUGGGAAAACAUCGAAAAUAUAUUAAAUUUACCUCUGGAUUCGCUUCUUACUACCAAGAAAUUAGUUCGACAACCAUUAUUACAACAAUAUCUUGAAACCAACGAAAUUGAAAUGCAGGAAAUUAAACGUCUAGCGCAAAGUAAAUUGUAAAUUGUGGAA